AUGGAAAUACACAAAUUAAUCGAAAAAAUCGUCAAUCAAAAUCAGAAAACGUACGAAAAUUGGGGUGGGAAAAGAGGUUCAAAGCACUGUUCUUUGGAAUGGGUCGGGUCAGAUGCGGGCGCUGUAACCCGCUACCUCGUUUUGUUGGAUACUUGGAUACAUGUCAAAAAAGAAAAGAAUGAUUACCCAGCUCACCUAUCAGGGCCGGCCCACAUUUACAGGGCUCCUAGAGAGGCGACGGUGGAGGUCGGAGAGGGUGGCGUAGCGGUCAACGACGACGAUGCGAGUAUCGCCGCCGACGUAUGUGAGGGCCUUGUCGUGGGGGAGUGGUGGAGAGUUGUGGGGCCUCCAUGGAGGAAGUUGAACCGUUGGAAAAAAUGA